CAUGUUACUCUGUAACCUCCAAAGUAUAUGCGACACCGUUUUUUACGUUGAGGAAAAUUACGCGAAUUUUAGAAACGUAGUUUAGUUUAAAUCUCAUCAUUGUUAUAUUUACACGUUUUGGUUAUUAUUAUUGUGCGCGAGUAACGGAUAUUAAGGAUUGUGAAUAAAAACGAGUACAAAGAAAAUACAGAAUUUGACAGAAAUUCGAAGACCGAAAAAUUGCGUAUCCUACCUGUUGUUGCAAUAUUCUCACACGAUGGAUCAAGUUCGAUACGUUGAUUCUCUAAAAUUUUGAAUUCCUGCCACAUCUUUGUUAUCCAAAUCAUUCCUUCGUUACAUUUCGUCGUUGACCAUGGAUAAAUUAUAAUUCACAACUCUUGAAAUAUUUCGUGUUAAUGAAUUUUCGAUGACAAAAAUUAUCCCAGCUAUUGCCUAAGACAAACGUGUUUCGAGAAUAUGAUAACCACAAACUUUAUCUUUUCAGAGGUAUUGAACAAACAAAAUUAAAUUCCAUUGCAUUGGGAAAACAGUUUUUGCAUCCCAUAAGAGCAAAAUAUCAUCUUUGACAUCUAUAUUGCAAACCAAAAACUGAAAAAAAGAAAACAAUGGAUACAUUUAUGCGUGAGAGACUUCUUACCUUCGUGGAUGUCAUAAUUAGAGUUCCACCUUUAUUUAUCAUGGAUGAAUUACUAAGAAUUGGACUUGGAUUACCCAGCGAUAAUGUAGUGCUUGAGAGCACUGAACAUGACUUUGAAAUAUCAAAAGUUUCAAACAGUAUUGUGAAUUCAAUGAUACCUUCAUUCCUAGUUCCAUUUGAUUUUGAAUAUUUUGCUCAUAAAAUGCAUUUUAUAAUUGUACUGAAAUUUCUGUGCUGUUGUUUGGGAUAUAUUGCUGCAGUAUGUACAUUUAUGUUAUGGAAAAACCACCUAAUAAUCGUAUACCUAUACCUAAUAUCAGUAGGGGCAAUAUUUAUAUCCUAUUGGUCAAAUAUUAGUACAAUGAAAGCUAUUAUUACAUAUGUGGGCACACAUGAAUCUACAACUAGCAUACUCGAUGAUAUUUUAUGUCUUAAUCUAAAAUACGUUUUUAACGAAGGACCAGGAUUUUUGAUAAUUCAGAAUUAUGUAUUACAAUGCUCAUUGGCUAGCGUAUUUUGCUAUAUUCAUCUUGCUCCAAGACAUCCGCUUCUGCAAAAAUUUCUUGUACUGAGCUUUGUGGCACCAUCGAUCUUGAGCAUUUGUCCGUUUCCGACACAAGUUCUUUAUCAUGUACCGGUGUUUGCGGCUCUUCUUCCAUUAGCUGUAUGUAAAUUUGUUAUAUGGUACAAUUGCAUUACCAUGUUAAAAAUGAUUUACAUAGGUUAUCAACAUGCGUAUAACUUCAUAAACAACUAUGGUCUAUCCGCACUUGCCGAAGCGGAAUGGAUUCGGUUGAAUGUUCCAUGUGUAUUACGCAUGUUUUGGAUGUUACGCGUAGGAAGACAAGUGUUUCAGAUCCUUGGAAAAAAUUACGGCGAUGAGACAUUCACCUAUUACGCAAUGCUUAGAAAUCUUUUGAUCAAUGGCUGUGAGACCUUGACUGCAGUGUUGGGAAUGACCAGUAUCAUUUCGUUUAUUUGCGAUUACAUUGGCUGUUUUUGCCAAUGGGUACUGCUCACGGAAGAUGGAAACGAGAAAAAUAUCGGCCCCGUAUCCGCAAUUCUGUUUUACGUACUGGCCCUUCAAACUGGUUUGACGAGUUUGGAUAGAGAGAAACGAUUGGUCAGACUGUGCCGCAACUUUUGCUUAUUAUUAACAGUAGUUUUACAUCUCGUGCUCAACAUAGUAAAUCCACUAUUGAUGUCUCUUAGCGCUUCGCAUAAUCCAGCUCUUCACCGACACCUUCGCGCUCUGGGAGUUUGCAUAUUUUUAAUAUUGUUCCCUGUAUCGUUGCUAGUAUUCCUUUGGUCUCACUAUAGUGUAAGCACGUGGUUAUUGGCAGUAUCGGUGUUUAGUAUCGAGGUGAUAGUAAAAGUGUUGGUUUCGCUCGCGAUUUAUUCACUGUUUCUGAUCGACGCUUACCGUAGCGUAUUUUGGGAAAAGCUCGACGACUGCGUGUACAUAAUACGAUCGUUCGGUAACACCGUUGAAUUCGCAUUCGGUAUCAUACUGUUCUUCAACGGGUUUUGGAUUUUAGUAUUCGAAUCCGGCGGUGCGAUCCGUGCUGUCAUGAUAUGCAUACAUGCGUACUUUAAUAUAUGGUGUGAAGCGAAAGCCGGAUGGAGCGUGUUUAUGAAGCGUCGAUCUGCCGUUAACAAGAUCAAUUCUCUUCCGGAAGCAACGGCGAAACAGCUUCGAAUAUUGGACGAUGUAUGUGCUAUUUGCUAUCAUAAGAUGCAGAGUGCCAAGGUUACACGCUGUAAUCACUACUUCCAUAGCGUAUGCUUACGAAAGUGGCUGUACAUCCAGGAUCACUGUCCACUUUGUCAUAACGUAUUGUACAAUGCCGAGAGCAUGCAAAUGAACAGGAGUAACGAAGUUAUUGCCGCCGAGCAAGGGGCAGAAUCGACCGGUGAUGAAGGGGCACCAUCGACCGCCGAUCAAAUAGCACAUCCGAAUGCCGAAGACAAUGUCUUCCGAGUGUACGAAGGCAGGUGAAAAGACGCAUAGCUUUAUCGUAUACUGAUAAACUGUUACGAAUCUAAAAUUUAAAACGAUAAGAUAUCAGUCUCCGAAAAUCUUGCCUAAAACUGUUUCAUUUCUCGUAAGUCGCUUAAAUUUCAGUAUGUACCGAUACAAGGUAUUUUAAGCACGACCAACUCGAUGUUUUUCGCUAAAGUUAGCACGUCGAAACAGUAAGAAAUUUCACCGUGAUAAAAGCUCCAAAUGAUAUAUCAGUUUUGCAAUAUUGUUCUACAAUCGUUUAACUUAUAAAAAUGUUUCUUACAUUACUAAAUGUUACUGAUUUAGAAUCACGAAUGUUCACGCGUUUGCGACUUCUAUAUUUUUCGAAUAUAAAUAACUCCCAAACUUCCGUGCACCUAUUCUGCUUACUCUUCCGUUUGAUAAUAUUCUACUUUACCUAAAUUUUCGUACCGUUUGUUGGUUGAAAUAAGCGCUUCAAAAUACAAUCAACCGAAUUAUCGUGUAUUUUAUUCGGUAUGCGAAAUAUUUUAGUUUAAGUCUUCGGGAGACUGCAUCAGGAUAUACUAUAUACCUUCCUAUGUUUCUGCUGGGAAACUAUGUCACUGAUGUAGUCUGUUACUUAUAAUUUCGUAUAAAAUAAUUUUGUAAUAGAAAUCGUCGUAUUGUGAACAGACAUAAAAUGAUCAUAAAAUCAUUGUAGAUAUACAUGUAUAAGUACAUAAGUACACGAGGUUCCAAAUGCAAGUUGCAUACAGGCAUCGCUGUUCAGCUGAUUUCUUGCAGUGCUACGAGAACGAAGUUACGAAAUGAACGAGUUUUAGCUUUUUCGAAGUCGAUAGAGGAGAGCACCGUUCUACACUUUGUAGAAGCUGUUAGACGCAGAUAUCAGUUGUAGUACCAAAUUUAAUGCUAAUGAAUAUAUCGUAUGCGAUUUUCUAUCUUGAACGCGUGCAUUUUACUUCUUCCUGAAACCUUGCAAAGAAUAUAAGGAAUUUUUGUUACUUCAAUUUCAAUAACUUUCUAUGUCAUUUCAAGUCAAGUAUCCACAUGCCUCCAUAAUAGUUAGACAAUUAGAGCGGAAAUUAUAAGUUAAAUUA